AUUUAGUGUAUGAACUUUUAAAAGAGUUAGAAGUUCCUAACCAUCUGACUGGUCAGCACUUUUUAGCAAGGCAUAAGAUUAGGCAGAAUAAUGGUUGGGAGUGUGGGGUAGCAGUAAUAGCGAUUAUGAGGAGGAUUAGGAAGGGAUAUAAAGGGGAUUUAGAAAAUAUUCAAUUGGGAGAAUUUGAUUUUAGGAAGGAGCGGAAAGAAUUGAGAAAAAAGUAUUUAGAGGAAAAUAAGUAA